GGGAAAUAUCUCAAUUAGUAAUUUCUCGAGCUGCCACAGGUAUCGGCGGGUCAACAUUCCAUGCGGUUGUUUCCGAUUCCACUACUCUCACACGUGAGAGUACUGGUCCGAAGAGCACCCUCUUCUUCGCGCAUGUACGCGGUUCCCGCACUCGCCUAUACGAACUCCACAAUCUCACACUCGGAGCAAUCGAAAGAAGGUAACUUUGAUGUUAACUCACUGGAGCUAAACGAAGUCGGGAUAUUGCGAGUGUUAACCACUAUGAGAGAUGAUCCUUAUCUAGCUCUGUCGUUUCUGAAACGAAUCGAAGGAAAUGGGGAUUCUUUGCCUAGUGUUAGUGCUUACGCAGCUGUGAUUAGAAUCGUUUGCAGUUGGAGUUUGGAUGAGAAGCUGAGUAGUUUGUUUGUUGGGAUUAUUAGAAAAGGAGACCAAGGGCGUGGGUUUAGUGUUGUUGAUUUGUUGAACGCCGUUGGUGAUGCCGAAGAGGAUGAGAAGUUGUCCUUUUUGUUGCGGAGCAGAGUCUCUAGCGCGUUGGUUAAGGCCUAUGCUGAGGUUGAAAUGUUUGACGAAGCUAUACAUCUUUUCUGGGGGAUAGACCAGUUAAGGUGGGAUGCGGAUGCUGAUACUUAUCUUGUUGUGGUUCAAGCAUUGUAUAGGAAGGGUGAUGGCGAAGGAGUGGAGAAGUUUCAUAGCAAGUUGUUGAGCUCAGAGACGAGGAAACAUUGUGGAUUUUAUAUGGAUUUCAUCGAAGGGCUCUGCGUGAAUGAGAUGUCGCUUGUGGGUUAUAUUCUACUCAGACCGCUGAGGGAUGCGAACAUCCUGGUGGAUGAGAGUGAUCUCGCAACCGCAUAUGGUAAAGUUGUUAAAGGUUUAUGUAAUGAGAUGAAGUUAGAGGAAGCUGAAAGCGCUCUUCACGACAUGGAGGAAUGUGGGAUCGAUCCGGAUGUGUCUGUUUACUCAGCAGUAGUCGAAGGGCAUCGCAAGAACAUGAGUUUCUCCAAAGCUCUGCGUUUCGUUAACGAUAAAGUGGCCCAGAAAGGGGAAAGGAUCAUAAACCCUGUGAUUGCGAGCUCCAUGCUUCAGUGCUGGUGUCAGAUGGGGAAGUUCUCUGAAGCUUUAGAUCAGGUUAUAGCCUUUAGAAACCUGAACAUUACACUUGAUAGGUUCUGCUACAACGUCGCCUUUGAUGCUUUGAUAAAGCUCGGCAGAGUAGAUGAAGCUGUUGAGCUGUUCCGGGAAAUGACGUGUGAAGGGAUAGAUCCUGAUGUUGUCAACUACACGACUUUGAUAGGUGGGUGCUGUCAGCAUGGUAGAUGUGGGCAAGCCAUUGACUUGAUUAUGGAGAUGGAAAGCAAAGGUAAGCCGCCUGAUAUCGUUGUGUACAACGUGCUCGCCGGUGGAUUGGCUAGGAAUGCAGAGAAUGCCUAUGGUGUUCUGAAACUAAUGGAAGAUAGAGGUGUGAAGCCCACUUCCGUUACACACAGCAUGGUCAUCCAAGGCCUGAUUGUUGCAGGUAAAAUAGACGAGGCUGAAGCUUUGUAUCAGAGUUUGGAGGAAGAUAAACCUGGGGGAAAUGUGGCAGGAGGUAUUGUUAAAGGUUACUGUGAAGCUGGCCGUCUUGAUGAGGCCUUUGAACGGUUCAUUAAACUUGACUUCCCUCUCCCCAAGAAUGUUUAUUUCACACUAUUCGCUAGUCUUUGCGCUGCCAAGGAUAUAGACAAAGCUCAGAAGUUAGUGGAGAGAAUGUGGGAGCUUGGAGUUGAGCCUGUGAAGAGCAUGUACGGAAAGCUAAUCGGUGCUUGGUGUCGAGUUGGCGAUGUGAGGAAAGCCAUACGGUUUCUUAAAGUUUUAAAAGGUAGAGAGAUAGUCCCUGAUCUGUUCACUUACACAAUCAUGAUCAAAACCUGUUGCCGGCUAAACAAGCUGAAGCAGGCCGAUGCUCUUUUCAGAGACAUGAAGAAGAGAGGAAUCAGACCUGAUGUGGUAACAUACACAGUUCUGGCCAAGAACAAUCCGGAAGAAAUCGAUACAGACAUGAAAACGUGCGGUGUUAAACCAGACGUUUUCUACUACACGACCGCGAUCAACACCUACUACCGUCUAAACAACGAGAAGAGAGCCCGUGCCGCCAUCCAAGAAAUGAAGAGGGGAGGAAUCGUGCCUGACGUUGCAACGUACACUGCCUUGAUCAACAGCUAUUACCGGCUAAACAACCGGAAGAAAGCAUAUGAUCUUUUUCUAGAAAUGAAGAGGAGAAGAAUCUGUCCUGAUGUGGUAACGUACACGGUUUUACUCAAUCACGACCCUAAGUUGGAUGUGAAGAGGGAAAUGAGAGACCUCCGAAUUAAACGAGACGUUCACUACUACACGGUUUUGAUUCAUCACAAGUGCAAGACUGGGGAAGUAGAAGAGGCGGAAAGGAUCUUCCGAGAAAUGAAAGAAAGUGGAGUGGAGCCUGAUGUUGUGUCUUACAGAGCGAUAAUAGCUGGUUGUCUUAGGAAUGGAUAUGUACGUGAUGCGAAGAGAUUUUUCCAAGAGAUGCGGGAAAAGGGGAUUGAGCCACCACCAGCUGAAGCUUCAAAGAAUGUAGUACUACUGCAUACUAAAUCUAACACCGAGAGACGUGUAUCUCGGACAAAGAUCCAAGAAGCCUUAUAUUGAAAAGCUCAGGUGAGGCGUAGGUACUAACUACUGAGAACAGAGUUUCUGUGUUAAUUAGUUGAAAAUAAUAAAAUAGGAUCUGCAUCGGCCUAAUGUGUAUGUGAGAGCUCAUUGUUCUUGAGAAGUACUAGUUCAGGGGAUAUGUAAAUUAGAUAAGAUGUUCCAGUAUUGUAUAUACACAAAUUCUUUUGUAUUAAC